GUGUGGUGUCCCGACUCUAAUCAGACAGAUAUACAGAUAAGGAACCAUGGUUACAAGGAAUAUGGCAACACAGUGGCGGAUACAUAUCUUUAUUUUGGGGAUUUGUGGUGUGUUAUCAAGCAACCCUGAGUUCGUGGCCCCCGUGGACCCGUGUCGGCCCCAGGACGUCAUCUGUCCGGUCACGUGUAAUCUGAUGAAGAUGUCAGGAUCUACGGAUUGCGAGUUCUGUUUCUGCAAAAACCCUAUAGAUUCAGUAGAAUGGCCUGACACGACUUCAACCACAUCCACAACUCCCUCCACGACCACAACCCUGCCCCCCGGGCACUCUAUUGUAAACAACGUUCAUUAUGUAGAACUAAAGAAUCCAUGCGUACUCUCCAACGCCAUGUGUCCAUUGCAAUGUAUACGGAGGAAUGUAACCUUAGAUUCCGGGAAAGUGUGCGAGAGAUGCGAAUGCCCGGAUGUACAUGCCAGACUAGACGGUCAGCAGUCUAUUUUAGUUGGCAAGCGAGCAGUGUCGAAAGAAUCUGUGAUGACAGAGGUAAAAUCGACUGGAGAGCAAGCAUACCUGGUCAGGAAAAAUCAGAAUCCUGAACAUGGACAUGGACCUCCUCCAAUGAUGCACCACGAGUUUUGGAACAGACCAUGCAUGCCCUUUUUUACGUGUCCUAUACUCACCUGUCCAGCUGGCCAACACCUGCCAGUGACAUCCAAUGGAUGUCGUAUUUGUCAGUGUGUAGAUAAUCAGAAUCAAGACCUACUUACCGCCGCAACAACUACUCCCCGUCCUGUCACUACAACUGCACCAACAGCGCCACCUACAACGAUAGACCCUGCGAACUUCCUGGAAAUGUUUUGUUUGCCCAAAGCGGAUUAUUGUCCGUCAAUGUGUCACGUGACCAAUUAUCGAGUGGGGUCGUGGAACUGCUUCCAUUGUACCUGCCCAGAUGGUCAAACCUUCGUUGCCCUUCAGAAGCCAUGUGACGUCAACUCGAACGUUUGCCCUUCAAACUGCUCAAUCAGAAAGAUGGAAGACUCCGUUGAUCCAACAACUUCCUGUCAGUUCUGCGACUGCGUGAAAUCUUCAUCAGUUAUAUACAGAAAACAGCCACCAGCAUUACGUAUUAACAUAGAGAACGAGAGCUCAACGGAAACAGCUGUUCAAAGGAUGCGAAAGUUUCUGAUGGGUCCUGGACAUAACUCUCAUAUCCCUAAUUCUGGACCUAUGCAGGCCGGAAACGGAUUCGACUACAGCCAGUACAUUCCAGGCGGACCAGGUUUCCAAGCAUAUACAAACGAACCAUCAAGUCACCAACCUGUGCAGGACCAUGUAACUAUGGCGAAAACAACAGUACGACCAGCACCUACCGAAGAUCCGGAAAACAACUGUCUGACGAACGCAGACGAGUGCCCGACUAAUUAUUGCAGUCUAAAAAUAAUUGGUCGGCAGUGUAACUUAUGUUUAUGUGGAAACAUAUAUUUUCGCGAUUCUGAUGUUGGGAUAUUUAGUAUCCUAAAUACAAAUACUUCCACACCGUCCACUUCACCCCCUGUCACUCCAACCCCAACAACACCGACGAUAUUGACCCUACCAACUACUGUAGUCACAACGCCCUCGACUGAAGCCUCAACAAAUACAGCGCCCUCUACCACAGCUACCUUGACGCAAUCGCCCUUGACUUCAUUUGCAUCAACGCCUGCCCCUUCAAUCGUACUUCCGGUUACACAUGCGGCGUUAUCAACACCUACUUCCUGCUACACAUGUAACGACACGAAUUGCAAAUCAACUGAUUUGAAGACAUGCGAAGUAGGAAAAGACUACUGCAUGAAUACCAUUAGACAGGACCGCCACGGGACACGAGACUUCAGUCGUGAAUGCGUUGGUGAAGAGGACUGCUAUGAUAAAUGGUGGAUUCACACUAUGAACAACCCAGUAUGUCUCGGCAUGUACAACACAGAAAAGGGGCCUGCCAACCAACCGGAAGUGUGUUAUUUUUGUUGUAAGGGACCUUCGUGCAACAGUGCAGCCCGAAUAGAGGAUUACAAUCUAUAUACCGGGGAUGAUCAUGUGAUUGGACGAAGAUCUGAGAUCUUAGUAUAACGUGUAUUUCUAUACUUGAGAUGGAUAGCGACACAAACGGACCAGAUUUUCGCAUUGUAGUUGAAUCGAUGUUAUAACUUAAAUGAUCCAUGUCAUUCAAUAAAGAUUAA